CUUUGCGGGUUCCCGCUGACCCCGACCCCGCGAUCCCGCACCACGCCAUGCGCACGGCCGUUGUUUCCGGCACCGCACGGCCGCACGGCAUCGGCCGCGGCAUCGUGCGCACGCUGCUGUCCAAAGGCUAUCGGGUCAUUGGCUGCGACGUGAACCCGGAGGAGUCCCCCGACGACACGGCCGCGGCGCCCGCCGGCGCCUACAGCUUUGUGCGGGUGGAUGUACGGCGCAAGGAGGAUGUGGAGGCGCUGCGGCGGCACGUGGAGCACGUGACGGGCGGGGGUCAGAAGCUGAACGUGCUGGUCAAUAACGCGGGUUUGGCCACGCCGUGCCUGGACGCCGCGGACCCGGUGGCCAGUUGGCACGACUUCAUCGGCGUUAACCUCACAGGCGCGUUCCUCAUGUCGCAUGUGCUGCAGCCGCUGCUGGAGCCGGGCGCGUCCUCCAUCAUCCACAUCUCCAGCACACGGGCGCUCCAGUCCGAGCCAGGCUGCGAGGGCUACGCCGCCGCCAAGGCCGGCCUGCUGGGCCUCACACACGCCCAGGCCGCCAGCCUGGCGCCGCAGCGCACGCGCGUGAACGCCGUGCUGCCGGGCUGGAUCGACGUGACGGGCGGCGCCGACCCCAUCACCACGGAGCAGCACCAGUGGCAGUGGACCGGCCGCGUGGGCCGCCCCACCGACGUCUCCGAGCUGGUGGCCUUCCUAGCGGACGAGCGGCUCAGCGGCUACAUCACUGGCCAGCACUUCGUGGCGGACGGCGGCGUCACCAAGCGCAUGCACUACCCGGAGUGAGGGAGGUGCCAAAUGAGCGCGCAUUGGUCAGCGGGAUGGUCAGCGGGCACACACGUUUCUUUGGGGCGUGUAGUGUGGUGGAGGCGCAGCUUGCGGCUCGUGCCUUUUGCGUUGCGUUGCGUAAGGUUGGCGAAACGAAGGAUUAAGGUCAUGGAAGGAGUUGAUGGCGGUGGCAGCGUUGUGUCGUUGCAAUGCCCAUGGUUCGGACUCGUGCAUAGCUCAUUGUGGUGCGAUGGCGCGGUGGUGCUAUGGCGAGCUGCGGCUUGGCGUGGAGAAGCUGGGUAGUCGAGAAGGUGUCCCCAAGGCCCCUCGUCGGACAUAAGGUCCAACUGGUCCAACAGGUCCAACAGGUCCUCCUGUUCUUAUGUGCACGUCAAUGGGGGUAAGCACAGGUUACGCAUGCAGCAAGACAGGUUACACAUGAAGCACGUUGCAGAGGCUGCCACCUUAUUCUUCCGAGCAGUAUGUUAAAAUAUAGAAGAGGUGCAUGAGGGAUGCACGAUGUGUGCAUACAGGCAGACGCGCGAAUGUGCUCGCACUCACGCCCAGCUGCUUGUGCCUGGCGCACUCGAGGAUGUGUUGCGUAUGAAACUUGUAAUAGCAGUUACUG